AGUAAUGUUUUUUUUUUUUUUUUAACCACAAACUUUCUGGGAAAAGUGAUUAAAGGAGCUUAGCAUCUAUAAGAUCCUAUAAAUCAUCCUCUCCUACAUCAAGAUUAGCCAUACCUUUUGUGCAAAUUAAAUCACACCAAUUCCCUCAGCUCUUUUCUCCUAGCUAGCUAGCUGCAGCAAAACAUAGAAACCCCAGAACCUUAUUGUGAACUGUCAAACAUUUGGCUAGCUGUGUCAAAUUAAAGAACAAUGAAAACUGCAACUGUUUCUUGUUUCUUUAUCCUAAUCUUUGCUCAUCAUCAACUCCUCUCAGGUUCUGCACUGGAACUCACUCAUGCUGUGAAAGACACAAGCCUGGACAUCUCGAGGGACAGCAACAUGGGACAAGAAAGAAUUAAUGGUGGCUCUAGAAGCUCUGUCGAUUCGAAGACUGAUGAUAUUGGGGAGGAUUUUGAGUCCAUGAAACUGGGGAAGGCACAGAAGGGGAAAGGGGUGUAUGGCGGGGCGAAUGUUGUUCAUCAUCCACCUGGAACAAGAAACCUGGGAUCUCCCACCUUAAUCUCAAGCUUUGUGAAUAUGAAGAGUGAUGAUAAUGGGGAAGAUUCUAAAUCCAGGCAUGCCAUGGUGGUGAGGAAGUCACAGGGGCAUAAGGGAUCAUCCGGCGGGGCGCCCAACAUUGUUCAUCGUCCACCUGACACCAAAAAUCUUGGACAUCCAACCUUAAUAAUCUCAACUACUUAUGUUGUCUGCUUCAGCUUCAUUCUUCUCCUGGUUCUUGUUGCCUAGAUAUAUAGAUGUUCUUUCUCCCAGUUUGAAUACCUUGUACUGUCAUUUAGGAUCAGCAAUCAUCGGUUCGUUUAAUCCUCAGAAGGCUUAACCAGGUUGUGUUUUGUAGUAUUUGGUUGAUCUAGGCACUAGCAUUUAAUUAGCUAGCUUGGUGAUGAGGUUGUGAUUGAGGAUUGUGUUUUUGUUUGUUUGUUUGUUUGAAGAAAAAACAAUACAUUUGU